ACUCUGCUACAUGCCUUAGUCUGUGCCACAGUCUGUUAUCCGAUCUGGCAUCCAGUACUUUACUGAGACAGUAAGGCCUGUGGUUGUGCCUGCAGAGCAGAACUCUCCAUCCCUUCACUGGCCCUAAGCUCUCUUUGAAAGUAUUUUGGACAUUAAAAGAUACACUAUGGCUUCACAGAAAUUCAUCACACUCAUGAUUAUUGCAUGACCUGGUGCUGCACUUUUCCUCCAGGGUUGUACUCUUCACCAUUUUUAGUGUCCUUACCAAUAACAGACCAGUUGAACAUUGAGAUACUGCCUGUGGAGGUCAGGCUCCUGAUAUCCUCUGUUCUACCCCCAACACUCACACACACUGCCGUAGUUGUUGUUGAGAUAUUUUGAUCAGAAUUUAUAUAAUUGAAAAAUAAUUUCAUAAAUGACACUGAGAUUUGGUAAAGAUUUAUUCCAACCAGCUUGUUUUUUUUAAAUAUCAUUUUGACCUCCUUUAUAUCUAUCAAAAAAUAGACAAGGAUUAACAACUUCUUCCUCAGUGGACCAGUUAUCAAUGCCUGAGAUCAGCUGUGUACCACUCCAGCUGAAGUGCAGGAUGAUGCAGGAUGCAUCAUCAUUCUGUUUUGUCUGCCCCUGAUAUCAAUUGCGACUAUAUGUGGAAUAUAUUGAUAUACAAAUAUACACCAGUUCUAGUGUUGGCAGUUUUUUCAAAUUUUAUACACAUACCAGUGAACAUGACUGUGCCAUCAGGUAGACACAGCCCACUAGAGACACUGUGGUGGCCCCCACACAAAUUCUUCCCCCUCUGUGUAAAUUUGCCAUCUGUACAUAAAACUAGUGAUAGGUCUCAAACAGUCAUUAAAGUGGAUAUCCUCUAAUGAGACCUUAUAAUAUUACAGGCCAAGUGACUAUGAGCAAAAGUCACAUUUUCAAUUGAUAUCCCUGGAUGGAGGAAAACUGACUAACAAUCAGUUUGAUAAGCUGUGAUUAAACUGAGACAGAGGACAACAUGAAUGGAAGAAUAAUGGUCAGCAGGCUCAUUGCUCUACAUUAACAUUCAUGAGAUGCUUUGUACAGACCGUUUAUUGUUGAGUAAGAGUGUGUGGAGAGCAGAAUAUGGGGCUAAUCUGUGUGGACACAUUUCCAGGUGAACUGUGAUUUCCACAGGGGACAUGAUCUCCAGGCGAGGAGAAUCUGUGUAACAUCUCAUUGGGAUCCAACACGUAUGCAGACACAUACACUUACACGUACAUCACAGUAUGUUCCAAAACUGGAGUUAUACAUUAUGUUAGAAAGGAAAACUAAGCCUGUAUGAUCCCACAGCUACACUCUGUCAUUCAGGGACCUCUAGUGGUCACAUAAUGCUAUAGUUUCAGUCAGGCCAAACGGAGCGCUGUGGCUCAGUGGUCACAGCGCAGCUGCCUCAAAGGCCAGGAGCUUUUCUCCACCUAACCAAAGCUUUACUCUUGCACCGUCACCUCAGACAGUUCAAAAGCUUGAUGGAGAUAAUAUAAUAUACAUAUGUGUCUGAUAAUCAUGAACUCGGCGUCAUAUUUAUUCCAAUUGCUAUUAAAACUGUUUUUCUGUAACCCAGCCUGAUCAGAGCAGUGUCUCUCUCUCUUUCUCUCUCUCGUGUGUGUGGGUGCGCACAAAAGCAAAGCUGACGCGUGUCCACUGCGCUCCUCUGCCCAGCAGGUGGACUCAGAGGAUUGGGGUCUCUCUCUCUCUCUCUCUCUCUCGACCCCUGGCGUCGACAGAGAGAGAGAGAGCGUGUGGGAGAGACUGAGAGAUGGACAGAUGACUCAAAAAGGAGACGAAAAGGAGAAAAAUGCUCACCGCGACCGUACACAUCAAACAGCGGGAGAAUAUAUUCUCUGGGUUUUUCUUAUUUUGUCCUCUUUGUUCCAUCCAAACGUUGUCGGUGUGACGAGCAGGGAGGGGGGCGUGACUGGCAUCAUUAAAACCUCUGAUACCCCCACAAGCACGCGCACACUCAGACACGCGUGAACACACGGAGGGAGAUGUUUACAGCUUUGACCGCUUGGACUCCACUGAGCGGAAUAAGGCGAGCACAGCGUUCACACGGCUUCAGACUCUGACGGUCUGAGUCAUUUUCAUUUUUAGUCAUUUUCAUUCUCGUUCAGCUUCAAAGUUGGAAUCUGGGACUGAAUCGUGACAGCAUGGAUUUGUUCGGCGCGCGUCGCCUUCUCAGGAUUCGGUGCUGCUGGAAGGUUUCCGUUCUGCUCAGCGUUUUCUUUCACAGCUGCCCGAGCUCCUCGUUGGACUGUCCCCCCACCUGCACCUGCUCUCCCACUGAAAUCUUCUGCAGUAAGUCCGACAACAGCCAGUUCUUCCCGCUGCUGUCCUUCCAGGGGACCGGGAAUGCUGGGAAUAAUACCGGAAGCAUCGAGGAUCUUUUCCAGAACAUCACCUCCAUACACAUCGAGAACUGGACUGGUCUGCAGACUUUGAGGGAUUUCGAUAUGGAGCUCUACACCGGCUUACAGAGGCUAACCAUUAUGAGGAGCAACCUACACACGAUCCAGGCUCGCGUUUUCUCCAAGAACCCACAGCUUCGUUACAUAAACCUGUCCAAGAACCCCAUGUUGACCACGUUGUCCUGGCAGAUCUUUGAACAUCUGCCGCUUGUGGAACUGCAUUUGGAGGAUGUGGUGUUCACCUGCGGCUGUGAGAUUCGCUGGCUGCAGCUAUGGCAACAGAGAGGAGAGGCAGGUCUUAGCAGCCAGCAGUUAUACUGUGCUGACAGCUACAGGACAAUAUUGCUUCAAGAUAUGAACAUCAGCAGUUGUGACCUACCAGAUAUCAGCGUCAGCCACAGCAACCUCACAGUUGUCGAAGGUGAUCAAGUAACGGUAAUCUGUAAUGGCUCUGGUUCACCAUUACCUGAAGUGGAUUGGCCUGUCAAUGGCUUGCACUCCAUCAAUGCACAAGAGGCUAGAGUCUACGACAAUACUAUUCACUCCAUCAACAUAACCUUGGUCAAUGUAAGCAGAGAUGACAACAACUUCAGUUUAAAAUGCACUGCCACCAACAUAGUGGGCAUGACCAAUGCUUCGGUUCAGCUAACUGUUCAUUUUCCUCCCACCAUUAUUGAGCUGAAGGAGCCAGAACGCCGCCAUGACACGUGCAUUGAGUUUACCGUUCGUGGUUUACCCCACCCAGCCUUACGAUGGUUCUAUCAAAAUGAGGAAAUUUCCCACACUGAGUAUGUGCGUCCUGACAUGGAUAUUUACCUGGACUACAUAGAAGGAUGCCUAACCUUUAAAAACCCAACACACCACAAUAAUGGCAAUUAUACUCUGGAGGCCAGAAACUAUCUGGGCAUAGCCACCGGUACUGUGUAUGGGCACUUCCUGGAAAAGCCUUUUGGUACAGAUGAUUACGAUUAUGGAGCCACAGGUGAACCAGGAACUCCAACUGCAGAGACUCACAUACCAGAGGAAGAUACUUUUGGGGUAUCCAUAGCAGUGGGCCUGGCAGGGUUUGCCCUAAGUUUGAUGCUGGUGGUUCUCUUUCUUCUCAUCAACAAGUAUGGUGGGCGAUCCAAGUUUGGCAUGAAAGGUCCAGUGGCAGUGAUAAGUGGUGAGGAAGACUCUGCCAGUCCCCUUCAUCACGUUAACCAUGGGAUCAUUAGCCCCUGUACACUGGAUGCUGGACCAGCUGCAGUGGUGAUUGGAAUGACUAGAAUUCCUGUUAUAGAGAACCCACAGUACUUCAGACAUGGCCACAACUGCAACAAACCUACCACCUAUGUUCAGCAUAUUAAACGGCGGGACAUAAUUCUGAAAAGAGAGCUUGGUGAGGGAGCCUUCGGCAAGGUGUUCCUGGCUGAGUGUUACAACCUGAGUCCCACUAAGGACAAGAUGCUGGUAGCUGUAAAGACGCUGAAGGAUCCCACACUUGCAGCCAGAAAGGAUUUCCAGCGUGAGGCUGAGCUCCUGACUAACCUUCAACACGAGCACAUAGUGAAGUUCUACGGAGUGUGUGUGGAUGGAGACCCUCUCAUUAUGGUCUUUGAGUACAUGAAGCACGGAGAUCUCAAUAAGUUUCUCAGAGCCCAUGGGCCAGAUGCCAUGAUCCUAGUGGAUGGACAGCCUUUGCAGACGAGUGGUGAACUCGGUCUGUCCCAGAUGCUUCAUAUAGCCAGCCAAAUUGCAGCUGGGAUGAUCUACUUGGCAUCUCAACACUUUGUGCAUCGUGAUCUGGCAACCAGGAACUGCUUGGUGGGGAAUGGUCUUCUGGUCAAAAUAGGAGAUUUUGGCAUGUCCAGAGACAUUUACAGCACAGAUUAUUACAGGGUGGGAGGUCACACCAUGCUGCCUAUCCGCUGGAUGCCACCAGAGAGCAUCAUGUACAGAAAGUUCACCACAGAAAGUGAUGUGUGGAGCUUUGGCGUUAUUCUGUGGGAGAUCUUCACUUAUGGAAAACAGCCAUGGUUCCAGCUCGCCAAUAAUGAGGUGAUAGAGUGUAUUACUCAAGGCAGAGUACUGGAGCGCCCAAGACUCUGUCCUAAGGAAAUCUACGAUAUUAUGCUUGGCUGCUGGCAGAGGGAACCGCAACAACGUCUCAACAUUAAGGACAUCCAGAAGAUGCUGUUUACUUUGAUGAAAGCCACACCAGUCUAUCUGGACAUACUGGGAUAAUAAUAGCCACAAGGAGACACUAAUGGAAUAUAUUCAAAGCACUGAAUUGCCCCCAAACAGAAGUGAUCUGUUUGCAUACUCUGUGGUGAAACUAUGCGGAUUAGGGGCUGAAAAUACCCAGUUUUCAUCUGCCAGAUAUUUGAGGACUGCAACUAACACAUUGUAUAUUAUGUUUAUUUAACUGGACCAAAAUGAUCUGAAUUGAAUCAGUACCGAAUAAUCUGGAACCUGCAAAUUCUAUACCCAUUUAGUUUUUUCAAAUGGAAUUGUAACUAAAAAGACUUAAGUAUAAAGUAUGUAUUGCAACAAUGUGGACUGAUUAUCCUGAUUGUGCUGAUGUGGUAUAGUUAAGGUGUCACAUCAUAAUAAUGUGGGUUUCACCCUGUUUUGAUCAUAGCAGCACUAGUUCUAAUCAACUGUUAAUAAACCCUGACCUGGACUGGUAGUUUACUGGUAGUAAUCCUGCCCAGGAUUACAUUGAUCUCAGUUGGAUUGGCUAAUAGGUUUCACAAACCUUAAGUAACCUUCUAGUCUUCCUGUGGCUUAUCUUUGCCUGGUCUUCAUUUGUGAAAUGUGAAAAGUCAGAAGGAUGAAUUUGUUCUCUUUUUUAUUAUUUUAAUUUAUAUCUGUGCCCAAGCUCGUCAAUUUCACAAAAUCUUUCUCAUGUCUUGGGUUGCAGUGGUAGACAUCUUUAAUAUAAAGUAAUGAUGAUGAUGAGACACUAUAAAGUUUCAAAGUACUAACAUUUCUGUAUUCUGUUUUUAAUUUCUGGCAACCCCAGAAACCAAUGGCAGAGCCAAAAUAUUUUCAGGGGUGGCCAGGCUGCAAGGCUGAGGUUGAGCACAGAAAAUUCGCUUUCUUUUUAAAGCCCUUUCCCUCCCCCCCUUUUUCAGAGAAACAGUAUUCACUAGAUGUAAUUCAGUUUCAUGGAUUAGCACAUGGAUCCCUAAAAGGUUUUGCUUUUGGUUGUUUAUGGUUGCUACACUGUGGCCACAAUUUGGCUCUGCACCUGCCUGAAACCACCAACAUUCUUGUGGGUUGUGGCACAGUUGUUCUGACACAGGUAUUUGGGGAACAGACCACAUUUAUUGAGCAUUCACAAGGACCAGAUAGUUGUAUCUUAAUGUCAAGGAAAUGUGUAGUUUAUGUGACCAUGUGCAGAUUAUAUUUCUUGACUUUUCUUUCUGUUCAUGUAUAAAUUAAGGAAGGAGGUGAAAAAAUAGAACAAUGCACAUAAAUCAAAUAUUUCAUGUACAGCAGCUGCUAUACAUGACUGCUGUUCUUAAGUGCUAGUUCAGUGGCAGCUUGCAACACAGUUUUUAUCUGAAACAUCAUUGUUACUACACUUUUAAGUCCGGAGCUCAUGAUAGCUCACUGAGCUGCUUAGCUUUACAAGAACCUGACCAUACCUUCCAAUCCUGAGCCUGGAAGCAUGGCCUGAGUGACUGUCUGCCACUAUAGAAAUGGACCUAAGUGCCUCCUACUUCUUUCUGAACACUAGGAACCAGGAAAGUAGUCUUUCAAAAUAAUAGCACUUUUACAUUUUGUUUACCUGCCUAAUGGCCACUAGCUGCAAACUCUUCUUUUUCUUAUUACCAGCCUAGUUUCAUAAGUAUCUACUGUAUAAAAAAAAAAUUAAAUUAAAAGCAAAAAAAAAAAAAAAAAUUAAAAGCCAAACUACCCAAGGUGAAAUUGAAAUUACAUUUUAGUAUAUACACUAAUCAGUCAAUUUAUUAGGUAUACCUGUUAAACUGGUCAUUAGUAUAAAUAUCAAAUCAGCCAAUCACAUGACAGCAACCCAAUAUAUUUAGACAUGUAGGCAUGGUCCAAAUGAACUACUAAAGUUCAAACCCAUCAUCAGAAUGGGUGAAAAUGGGUGAUUAAAGUGAUGUUGGACGUGGCAUGGAUGCCAGUGCCAGGUUGGCUGGUAUUUCAGAAACUGAUACUACUGGGAUUUACCCACACAACCAGCCGUAGAGUUACACCAACAAGGCUGAAACUGCCUUGAGCUGAUAACAAGGCAAUAGGAACUCGAAUAAUCACUCGUUACAACCAAGAAGCAUCUCUAAACGUACAAUAUGUGGGUCCCAAUAGAAGACUGGAAAAAUGUUGCCAUCAGUGCCUGAUGAGUCUUGAAUUCUGCCAUGACAGUUUGAGGGUAGGGUCAGAAUAUGAUGAACCCAUGGAUCAAACCAACCUUAUGUCAGUUAUUCAGGCUGGUGGUGGUGUGGGAUAUUUUCUUGGCAAGCGUUUGGGCCUUUAAUAAUAUGCCUUCAUUGUCACAAAUUACCCGAGCAUUGUUGUUGACCAUGACUAUGAUCACAGUGUACCCAUCUUUUGGGGUGUGGUGAGACCACAGAUUCACAUUGUGGAUGUAGAACCAAAAAAUCUGUACUAACUGUGUCAGCAUGGAUCAGAAUCUCUGAGAGAUGUUUGCAGCACCUUGUUGAUUUUAUGGCACAAAGAAUUAUGGCAGUUUUGAAAUUAGAAACUGGCCCAACUCACUAUUAGCAAGGUGUGCUACUAGACCGUUUACAGAUAACCAUUUGCCAUUUUCCAAAGCUAAAAAAAAAUUAAUGAACUGAUAUAUGUGUGAACUGAAAGGAUAAUACUUGAGACACUAGGAUGUAUAUACUGUAAAUCUGUCUGUCUUGAGAUAUGUUAAUUUAUUUUGUUUUCCUAUGUUGGAUUAUUUUUUGUUUCUAAAUAUGUUAUUAUAUGAUUACUGUAAAUCUUAUAGAUCUUUUGAUUUGAUUUCCAGUUGUAAUUUACUGUUACGAGUUGCAUUUAUCUCAUUAGAGACUGGCUAAAAAAAUCUAGAUUUAAGAAAUGUCAUUUUGUUUUGUGUCAUUUUAUACUAUGCAUCCAUUGAUUCAUCCAUAUUCUUCCUCUUAUCCAAUUCAGGGUUAUGAGGCAUUUCAUAUAAUUGAAAUAAAUUAAUAAAAAAUAAUAAGUCAGGAAAACGGAUUAAAACUACAAAGUUACACAUGCUAAAAAGUCAGUGUUUUAUUGCCCUCUUCAAGAACUGUUCAAAGAUCAAACGCAUUUUUUAAUUUAAAAGAAAUAGUUUGUCAUUCAUCGACCACAGUCAGAAAAUGACAAAUAACACUGUCAUCAGUGUGUCUAAUGAUGUGUCGUGCACCUAGUCUCUACACUGUAUUUGAGAUUUUAACUGUUUUGUCCACACUGGCCUAAAGAAUUUAAAAUCUAGUCUCACAAGGAAUUCAGUGCAUAAAGUUGUUAACUUCAUAUGCUCUCGGGUCAAUGAGUGAGUACUGGGUUUAGCAUUGCCUUACUGACUCUAUACCUCAAUUUUCAGCGAGCAUCUUGAGAUGCGGGAAUCAGUAUUUUUCUUUAUUUUACUUGAAUCAACAAAGGGGCAGCAGCAUGCUGUCCAUUAGCUUGAUACAUGAAACCCCUCCUAAGCCAUUAGAAGAGUCAUCUGAAGAGCAAAAUGAAAAGCCUUUGAUUAAUUAUUUAUUGAUAUUUGAAUGUAUCAUCAGUCUGCAGUAAAAGACACACUUCAUUUAUUCCGUCCCUUCUUGUUAAAUGAGACAGAUUUACAAUACUGUGAGAAAGUCACUGUCAUCCUAUCCUGUGCGUGAUGUUUGAGUGUCACAUAUUUGGUGUUGGUUUUUAUAAGAUUUUGUUUCUCAAAAGUGUAUUUAUUCUAAAACAGUUCAUCUAAAAUAACUGAACAUAAAAAGUAUAUCUGGGAUUUGCAUUGAUAUAUAGGUAUAUUGUAUAAACAUUAAACAGGUGCAUCACCUGCAUUGCCUGGUUACUAUGAAUAAAUCUGAUUCUGUAUCUUUUCUAAAUUUAGAUUAGAGCUGUGUAAUUAAAGAUAUGUGCAUUUCUAAACUGCAAUCCUAAUGCUAGAAUAAAACAUGAUCGAAGUUAUCUUACAGUAGACUUGCUUACCAAGUAUCACCCAUAAUGUGAACUCUGUUUCUAAGCCAUUCAUUUCAUCUUAGCAAAUUGAUUAUAUUUGCAUUAGUGUCAGUGUUUUAAAUUUUGUCUUUCUCUCACUAUGAGUGUUUCCUUACUCAAAGUCCUCCAGGAAGUCAGGUAUUACUUAUAAGGUCUGCAAGGUACCUAAGAGGGUCGGCUUCAUUAGAACCUCACUCUACAGGAGUGAAUUACAGAAUUUAAAUUUUGUUUCAUUUGUUUUCUACACAAAAGAAAAUGCAAAUUUUAGAGAAAUCUCAACACAUUUAUAGAAAAAGUCAGUUUCACAAAACUCUAAACAUAAAGUCAAAGGAGUUAACUCUUUCAACAUGAAACACAGCACUCUCAAAACCGAUUCUUUCCAACUAAACAAUACAAACAGCUGUUAUAUGAUUAUAUCUAAGAGAGAAUAAAAAACACUGAUCAAUUCAAAACCUACCAUCAGAGGUGUUUGACUAUGUCUUGGCUUCAUGAGGCCAUGGUACAUACUUUUCCUUGUUUUGGAAAAGUAUACAUGUUUAUUUUUAUUCUGUUUAUUCUGUCCAAAUACCAUUUACAUUUAUCUAGUGCAGUAUAACCUUUUUAAUGGAAAUAAAUGAGAAACAAAACAAAGCAAAUCAGUGCACAGAGUUUUAGAAAAAAGGUAACAAACAAAACAUUUAUUUGUUACCACAAUACAAAGUUUUCAGAUGAACUGACAAAAAUAAAAGAAUGCCUUCUUCCUCCCAGGCUUUUUUCUUACCUUUCCUCUUCCUUUGUGUUUUCGUUGCUUCACCUUCUUGUCUGUCACUUGAAGCUGGUGUUAUCCUCUGAUACAGGAUCGUUCUUCCAGUUGAGUGGUUCAAAGGAGGACCAUGAGUGAGACUAAUUAAUAGUCAGAGUGUACUUUAAGGCCAUGUUUCUAGAACAAAAUGUGUUUGUGUUCAGAGAUUUGCAAAACUGUGAUUUAGAUUGUCAUUUGAGUGAGAGCAGUGGAACUCUUCCUAGCAGCUUAGAGUUAUAAUGAUGAUACAUAAACUUUAUAUUUUUAAAAUUGUGUACAUAGUUCCCCUUUUUUAUUGUAAGAAGUGGGCAAAAGAUCAUUCAUCUCAAUUUUAUUUUUAUGCUCAAGUCAAAAUUAGGGACCCUAAGCCAUGUUUGAAGAAACUGAAGAACAGAACCAUAUUCAAUUCAGUUCAGUUCAAUUUUAUUUAUAUAGCUCCAAAUCAGAACAACACUCGUCUCAGAGUGCUUCAUACUGUAAGGUAAAGACCCUUCAAUAAUAUGGAGAAAACCUUUACAGUCAAACAACAUCCUUGGUAACAGUGGGAAGAAAAAACUAUCAUUUAACAGGAAGAAACCUCCAGCAGAACCAGGCUCAGGGAGGGGCAGACAUCUUCUGAGUGGUUAACCUUAUCCUGUUUUCUCAAGAGACCUUCCUAAAUGCUGCAAGCAUGCUGUGUUGAUACAUGCAAACUUCCUGGAGGACACAAUUGGCUAGCAAAAUACAUCAAAUUGUAUUACAAAACAGAAAUCACCAGAUAAAUGUUUCCUGUAUGAUCAAGCCUUAAGCUUAACAGACUGACAGUCUUGGUUGUUUCUAAUGAUAUUAGGGUUAAAUGAAAUCUUUCUCUCUGUUUGCUCUUGACUUUACAUGUAUUCUUCUUUUUUGUCUAUUGUGUUCUUAUUUAUUCUCUUCCCCUUUCCCACUGUCACUUUACCAUACAAAGUUUCUAAGCUGAAUAUGUAAGAAACAUCAUUACUCUAUUAAGAAUCCAUGUCUUUUCUAAUUGUUGUAUAUCCAUCUCAACACAUACGUAUGUGAAUCAUUUGACUUAAACUUGUAUAACAUGUUUCUGACAAGCUUAGAUGUGGUGAUUUUUUAAGGUGGCUCUGUGUAUGAUUCUGACUCUCAAUUCUCAUUAAAACUGACUUCAAUGAAGUUUGCAUCCACUUAUUUUUAACAAGAAAAAAAGGCA